CACUAAGCGACGGUUCUUCAGGGCGCAAGUGGUUGAAACGAAAUCACCUCGUUUGAAAAACAUGGCACCAUCACCCACGAAGCGAAAGGAGGAGGAGAAAACAAAAGACAGAGGCAAAGAAAAGACUGGCACCAAGGAAGGAGACAAGGACAGAGGACGGGACAAAGCAAGGAAACGUCGCAGUGCCUCUACUGGCAGUAGCAGCAGCAGGUCCAGAUCGAGCUCUACUUCAAGCAGCAGCUCCGGCUCCAGCUCAGGUUCCUCAAGUGGCUCCAGCUCAUCUGGCUCCAGCCGCUCUGGUUCUUCAAGCUCUCGUUCCUCCUCCUCUUCCAGCUCCUCAGGCUCCCCCAGCCCCAGCCGUAGACGCCACGACAACCGCCGCCGUUCCCGCUCAGCGUCCAAAACACAGAAGAGAGGAGAUGAUAAGGAGCGAAGGAAAAGAAGCCCCAGCCCAAAACCAACUAAAGUUCACUUAGGGCGACUGACCAGGAAUGUCACCAAGGACCACAUCCAGGAGAUCUUUUCCACUUAUGGAAAAAUCAAAAUGGUCGAAAUGCCGAUGGACAGAGUCCACCCACACCUGUCCAGGGGCUACGCUUACGUGGAGUUUGAGAGUCCUGAGGAGGCCCAGAAGGCCCUGAAACACAUGGACGGAGGUCAGAUUGAUGGACAAGAAAUCACCGCAUCUGCCGUGCUAACUCAGCGAGUGCGUCCUCCACCUCGCAGACCUUCUCCCCCUCGCAGAAUGCCUCCACCACAACAUAUGUGGCGUCGCAGUCCACCACGCAUGAGGAGAAGGUCCCGCUCUCCAAGAAGGCGAUCCCCAGUACGCCGCCGCUCCCGCUCCAGAUCUCCUGGUCGCAGGCGUCACCGCUCUCGUUCCAGCUCCAACUCCUCCAGAUAGACGAGAUUUCCUGCCUCCCGAUAAGAAGUGAUCUCUUCUCUGACACCAGAUCAGCUGGAGAUCUAGCUUUCCAGACCUCAUGGACUCACCAGAAGUGUAAUCAUCUGCACUGUAGCCAACGUCAACAUCUGCCUGCAUGUAGAAAGCGGAAAUGUUUUUCUUUUCUCUUUUUUUCUAUUUGUGCAAAUGUGAGUCUCUUUUCAUAUUUUGUGUUAGGGUUGAUCGUGUUUUGAGCAGAGUUUCUGCUUCACAGAGAUCUACAAAUAUUUCUUUUUAAGUAUGACUUCUUUUUACCAUGUUUGGAAUUUUUAGACAUUUUGAAAAAUAAAAAUGCUGAAACAGG